UAAAUGCGGAUGGACACUGAAGGAUGACGUAUGCAGAAGCCGGUAUAUAAAAGAGUGUUUGUCCGUGCCGCAGUAUAGAUCUUCAGCAGCAGCAGAGGAAGCAACGUACUAGAAGACAAAUAUUGAGCGUUAACUGCGUUUAUUAAACGUAAAAACAUGCAGAUUUUUGUGAAGACCCUCACUGGCAAGACCAUCACCCUUGAGGUGGAGCCAAGUGACACAAUUGAGAAUGUGAAGGCAAAGAUCCAGGACAAGGAAGGCAUUCCCCCAGAUCAGCAGAGGCUGAUCUUUGCUGGCAAGCAGCUGGAAGAUGGCCGCACCCUCUCUGACUACAACAUCCAGAAGGAGUCAACCCUCCACCUUGUCCUGCGUCUGAGGGGUGGUAUGCAGAUCUUUGUGAAGACCCUCACUGGCAAGACCAUCACCCUUGAGGUGGAGCCAAGUGACACCAUCGAGAAUGUCAAAGCCAAGAUCCAGGACAAGGAAGGCAUUCCCCCAGAUCAGCAGAGGCUGAUCUUUGCUGGCAAGCAGCUGGAAGAUGGCCGCACCCUCUCUGACUACAACAUUCAGAAGGAGUCAACCCUUCACCUUGUCCUGCGUCUGAGGGGUGGUAUGCAGAUCUUCGUGAAGACCCUCACUGGCAAGACCAUCACCCUUGAGGUGGAGCCAAGUGACACCAUUGAGAAUGUGAAGGCCAAGAUCCAGGACAAGGAAGGCAUUCCCCCAGACCAGCAGAGGCUGAUCUUUGCUGGCAAGCAGCUGGAAGAUGGCCGCACCCUCUCCGACUACAACAUCCAGAAAGAAUCCACUCUUCACCUUGUCCUGCGCCUGAGAGGUGGUAUGCAGAUCUUUGUGAAGACCCUCACUGGCAAGACCAUUACCCUUGAGGUGGAGCCAAGUGACACCAUUGAAAAUGUCAAGGCCAAGAUCCAGGACAAGGAAGGCAUUCCCCCAGAUCAGCAGAGGCUGAUCUUUGCUGGCAAGCAGCUGGAAGAUGGCCGCACCCUCUCCGACUACAACAUCCAGAAGGAGUCAACCCUCCACCUUGUCCUGCGUCUGAGAGGUGGUAUGCAGAUCUUUGUGAAGACCCUCACUGGCAAGACCAUCACCCUUGAGGUGGAGCCAAGUGACACCAUCGAGAAUGUGAAGGCCAAGAUCCAGGACAAGGAGGGCAUUCCCCCUGACCAGCAGAGGCUGAUCUUUGCUGGCAAGCAGCUGGAAGAUGGCCGCACCCUCUCUGACUACAACAUCCAGAAGGAGUCAACCCUCCACCUUGUCCUGCGUCUGAGAGGUGGUAUGCAGAUCUUUGUGAAGACCCUCACUGGCAAGACCAUCACCCUUGAGGUGGAGCCAAGUGACACCAUUGAGAACGUGAAGGCCAAGAUCCAGGACAAGGAAGGCAUUCCCCCAGAUCAGCAGAGGCUGAUCUUUGCUGGCAAGCAGCUGGAAGAUGGCCGCACCCUCUCCGACUACAACAUCCAGAAGGAGUCAACCCUCCACCUUGUCCUGCGUCUGAGGGGUGGUCCAAACAUGCAGAUCUUCGUGAAGACUCUCACUGGCAAGACCAUCACCCUUGAGGUGGAGCCAAGUGACACCAUUGAGAAUGUCAAAGCCAAGAUCCAGGACAAGGAAGGCAUUCCCCCAGACCAGCAGAGGCUGAUCUUUGCUGGCAAGCAGCUGGAAGAUGGCCGCACCCUCUCCGACUACAACAUCCAGAAGGAAUCCACCCUCCACCUUGUCCUGCGUCUGAGGGGUGGACAAUGAAAUUUACUAAACCCGUUUUAAUCUGAAAUACUUGACAGCAUAACUCAAUAAAAACAUGAGCGUAGAGAAA